UGAAAUGCCUGCUAAGACAUGAAGACUUUGGCCACUAGUUUCAUCCUUGGGAGCCUGGUGUUGGCCUUCUGUCUACCUUUGCUGGUGACUUCACCUAAAACGCUGGCCAUCCCUGAGAAACUGCAAGAAGCUGUGGGGAAAGUUAUUGUCAAUGCCACGACCUGUACUGUCACCUGUGGCCUUGGCUUUAAGGAAGAGACUGUCUGUGAGGUGGGCCCUGAUGGAGUGAGAAGGAAGUGUAAGUCUCAGCGCCUGGAAUGUCUGACCAACUGGCUCUGUGGAAUGCUCCAUUUCACCCUUCUCAUAGGGAAGGAAUUUAAGCUGAGCUGUCUGAGUCCAGACAUCCUGGAGAUCGGGCAGGAAGCUUUCCGAUUCACCUGGAGACUUGCUCGGGGAAUCAUCUCAACUGAUGAUGAAGUCUUCAGACCCUUCCGAGCCAGUUCCUACUUUAUAAAGUUUCAGUCCAUUCAAGAGUAUGACUCUGGGACCUACCGGUGUGAUGUGCAGCUGUUAAAAAACUUGAGACUUGUCAAGAGGCUCUAUUUUGGGCUGAGGGUCCUUCCUCCUAAUCUGGUGAACCUGGAUUUCUAUCAGUCCCUUACUGAGAAUCAGAAGUUAGUGGACGAGGGCCUGGAAGUGAGUCUGGGCAACUACUCCAGGCCUCAGCACCCACCGUGGAAAAAGAAGGUGGCCAUAGCUGUGGGAGUAGGAGUUGCCAGUGGCGUGACCGGUGGUGUGUUGGUGAGCAUCGCGCUGUGCGGCAGGCUGAGGGUGAUCCACGGCAGUGCCAGCCUCGAGACGUUACAAGCCUUGCUGCCAAAGGGCGGGGUGCUCAGGAAGCCAGACUAGGCUUUCAGGGCCGUAUUCUGGCUGCCGGCCUGUGGGCUGGCUAAGAGGGAGCUUCCGUUAUCAAAGAGCUGAGCGGAGCGUGUGGGACAGGCAACACGAAGGUGGCUGUGGGCCAGUCUCUAACUGUGUCCUGGGUGGACCUCUUCCAGCCCUUCCCUGCUCACCAGGUACCCGGUAAACCUGACUGCAGGCAUCUCCCUACUCCUGGGACGAGUAGUGUCUUCCACGUGUGCAUUAAUUUUCUGCCCUUCACAGCCUGUGUGCCUCCUGCCGUG